AUGCAUCGACUUUUUGCUGAGCUGGAGCCAUCUGUAACCGUCACCGAGCAAAACCUGGCAGACCGAGUUCGGGUUAUCUUGCGCUCAAAUACAUUUGAUGUCAUCAAACCCCAACGGCUACGACGUGAGGCUGUUCCUUCAUCGGAUGAAAAUGCUACGGCUGAGGAUGCGGCACCACAACUUGCAGAGCAACCGGCAAACGUGGAUGCCGCCGUGAAUACCCCAGGUUUGGUUGAUUCAAACUAUGAUGGAACAGUCGCCCAGGAACUGGAACUGGAGCAAAUAGGAGUACAUUGGAUGAGGCGAUUUUGGAAACGCGCAGUACGCCUCUCGAAAAUCGACCGCGACUUCCCCGCAUAG